AUGUCGACCGGGGGACCAUCCCUGAGCGUGGAUCUCACUCCACCUGUCAAUGAACACAACCAUGGCCAUACUCGUCGCGGCCACUCUCGUUCCAAUCGCUCGGCGCAACGUCCUCCUUCGAUCCCACAGUCGGUCAACAGCUUCCCCCAACCUGACAUCAAUGGAGUGAAUGCAAGCUACUCAUACGGUCAUACGCAUCAGUCUUCGGACAGUCACACACACCCAUAUUUGAGCGUUCAACAUGAUCAACAUGAUCGCUCACAUACACAUCAAGAUCAUGGCCAUCAUCACGAUCAUGAUCAUCAAGACCAUGACCACGACCAUGACCACUCUGGUCAUCACAGCCAUGCCCAUAGUUCUUCUUUAGCUCAUAUUAGUGCGCCGCACAGUCACGAUUCAAAAAGCGCCCAUGGAUUCAUGCCCAUGGAUACAACCCUUAAGGCGGAUUCUAACCCCGAUCAAAUUUAUGAGAUAUUGACUGGCGCUCUGAUUGUGUUGCCCUGGAUUGUGUUAUCUUGGUAUAAUAGGAAGAGUGCGCAAGCCCCUGGGUCGAUUCCUACAGAUACCGCGAAAGUGACCAUUCCCAUUGCAUCUGUGGGACAGGUCGGACAAAAAACUUGCAUUCUAACUGCACUCGUACUUGUUUUGUUCGGCUGUGGUCAAAUCCUUCGCCUCCAUCUCCGGAAAACUAGAUCACUGGAGGUAUCUUCUAUCAAAUUCCCGGCUGUGAAUGCGAAGACUGUUCAAACUUCCCUUGCACAGACUCUCUCUGUGGCACUGCCGAUAUUUGCAGCGCUGAAAAUUGGUGGCUUCUUGGUGGCUUUUGCUCUACUCCUUGCGACUGCAUCAGGGUUACCGACUGUCAUCACUCGGUCUCAGGAACGAUAUAGUAAAAAAAAAAUGUCCCUCGCCCUCUUUACACUGGUCACUGUGUCGAGUUUCUUGGGGCUGAACUAUCCGUGGGACCCGUCUCCUUUCCUUGGAUAUGUGGCUCUCUUGGCAUCUAUUCUCAUAUUGGCUCCCCCAUUCCCUUCCCUGCGUCAAGAUGGUCCUAUACCUGAGCCAGGUCUUGCUGCAUUGCAAGGGAAACCUUCCGAUAUGACCCAUUCUUCCGUCGUGGUUACAACUGACGCCCCAUUGGCUGUCAUAUCUGGAUCAUGCCUUGGUCUGUUCACUCUGGUUUUCACUCGAGGAAUCAGCUUCGACACGUUAGAUGCAGUUUAUAUUUUCGUCUCUGCGGGUCUGUUCGCAGUUUCUCUCAUGGCGUCUAUGUCUAAAGGCCUUCGAUCUUCUAGCAAGACCGGGCUCGCCAUCUGCGCUGGAGCUGCAGCCCUUCUCUGCUCCCCUCACAUGCAGGAUGAUCUUAUUGUACUAUAUGCCGCGCGUGGAAUCUUAGCGACAGCAUCGGUUCUGGCUUCACGAAUGGAUGAUAGUCAUCUGCAUUCUGAUUCCCACGCACACAAUCACACAAGCCAUGGUCAUAGUCAUUCGCACGCAACUGUUGAAGCGUCACGUGUGUCGAAGUGGCUCCUCCAUAAAAGCGAACCAUAUCCUUUGCUACAUAGCAUUCUGAAAGAGAAGGACUCUCGUAGUAUAUUCUACUUUAUGUGUUUGAACUUUACUUUUAUGCUUGUCCAAUUAUCUUAUGGUUUCCUGACUGGAUCGUUGGGCUUGCUCAGUGACAGUAUUCACAUGUUCUUUGAUUGUCUCGCGCUCGUGGUUGGAUUAUGCGCUGCUGUCAUGAGCAAAUGGCCCCCAAACGCUCGUUUCCCUUACGGUUAUGGGAAAGUCGACACUUUGUCUGGAUUUGCCAACGGCAUAUUUCUCAUGAUUAUAAGCGUUGAGAUAAUUUACGAAGCGGUGGAGCGGCUGUCAUCGGGAAGUGAGAUGCAACGUAUUGGGGAGCUAUUGGUCGUUAGUAUUGCCGGUUUGGCUGUCAAUCUCGUCGGUAUCUUCAGCUUUGAACAUGGUCACCAUCACGGCCACGAUCACGGGCAUGACCAUUCUCAUGGCAAUGAGAACAUGCACGGCAUCUUCUUGCAUAUUUUGGCUGAUACGCUUGGCUCGGUGGCUGUUGUGAUAUCGACCAUUCUUGUGCACUAUUCUGGCUGGUCAGGCUACGAUCCCUUGGCGUCAUGCUUUAUUGCCAUAUUGAUCUUCGCCUCGGCAAUUCCCCUGGUCACGAGCACCGCCAAAUCCUUGCUGCUCACCCUACCUGCCGAUACUGAAUAUAAUGUCCGUGAAACCUUAGCCGGUGUCAGCACCUUGAGGGGCGUCGUCAGUUAUACAGUACCCAAGUUCUGGCUCGAUGAUACCGGAACGAAGUCAGAGCACAGCCAUUCGCAUGACCAUUCCAGCCAUGGCGAUUGUGGAAGUCAACACGAUCAUGGUCAUAGCCACCAUGGCCAUGGCCAUGACCACGACCAUACCCACGACCAUGCCCACGACCAUGCCCAUACGCAUAGCCAUUCUCAUGAACACGACCACGACCACGAUCACGAUCACGCGAAGAAGCCACAGAAUAUCUUCGGUGUCAUUCAUGUUAUCGCGUCUCGGGGCGCAGAUUUGGAAGAUGUGCGCCAACGGACGGUUGACUAUCUCCGCGAGAAACACAUGGAUAUUUUGGUCCAAGUUGAGCGCGAUGGAGAUGCACACUGUUGGUGUGGUGGUGGAGGCAAGGGCUUGUAA